ACUGCUUAAAACAACAGCAACAACAUAGAACUAGAGAGAAAAAUAAAUGGCAUCACUAAAUUAUAUCACAUAAAAAGAAAUACUUCCUAACAGCUUCCUGAAAACAUGUUUACAAAAAUGUUAAGAGUACUUUCAUCCAAGAAACACCUCUGCUAUCAUUUGUGUUCAAAAGUAAAACGAAAUAUGAACACUAGUGAAGUGGCUGCUGCACUCCGUCCUUUCUAUUUUGCUGUUCACCCCGACAUGUUUGGACAAUAUCCCAAAGAAAGGUCUACCAAUGAAGACUCAUUAAAGAAACUAAAUGAAUAUGUUUCAUCUCUGCAUACACUUGGUUAUGCUCGUCCAACUAAAGUUAAGUUCUACUUGAAGAUUACAGAUGAUAAUGAAGGGUCUCCAGAGUUUUCUCUUUCAGUUUUCAAAGAAAUUCAUAUUUCUUUGCUUUCUCGUGACCUGAAAACAACUGUCAAAACUAUUUUAAAGACUUGCAACUUACCUCUGGAUUAUGUUGAUCAUGUUGCGAAUCAGAGCAAAAUCAACACAAAUUCUCCUGUAUACAAACCCCUGGAUACAUCAAUAGUCAUGAAGCCUAACCCUCAAAUAAGUUUACAAAUGUGGUUGGAAAAGAACAGUCAGGAAAUCCAGAGGCUGUCUCUGGCAACUUUAGCCAUUCAAGAUGAAAUUGACCGUCUUAGCCUUGUUCUAAAGGAAAAGUUAAAACUCCGAGAACUUCGAUGGGAUAGUGCAUGGGGAAAUAUCCAUUUCCGAGCUUGUUUAAAGAGCUUUGAUCGUCUAUAUGCUGAAAAUACCAUCAAAUUUGAAAGCAUUCUUAAAGAUAGAAUAUUGGUAUUUGCAAGUUCUACUGGCGUAAAUCUUCAUGGUGAAAUCAUCAUCAGUACUGAGCAUGUUCCAACAUUUUGGUUGUCUCUCUUCAAUAAUGUUCGAGCUUAUGAUCCCGUCCUGGCAAGAUUACCUCAUAUGGAGAAAGAACUGUCACAACUCAUGAACAAUAUUCAAAUUGUGCGUCGACAGAGAAAACAUACAACCUUAAUGGCUGAGCAAUAUGAAGAACUCUUGAACAAGUUAAUCAACUCACUUCGCAAAUGCCAGUUAGAAGCCAGUUUAUAUUUCUUGAAAGAAGACCUUUCAGAUUUUGAAUUAGUCUUGGAAUGCCAGUCUGGUCCAUUUGCAGUAUCACCCACUGGUCAGUUCCUAAUACCUGGAUCAUGUCCUGGAUCUCUUGUUAUUGAAUUCAUUAACAAAAACAAAGCAUUGGCUAAACAACUUUUAGCACAGGCACUCAGGUUACUCGAAAUGGAAAGAAUUGCACAUGCAAAAUGCUUGAAAGAAUUUAAUUUUUCCACGUUAAAAAAAGACGACACAAUAUCCCAUUAUCAAAUGGUUAAUUUUUGUACUCGUCUAUUAGAGAAAAAGGAUAACCUAAACAUAUUAAAGUCCAUGAACAAUUUACACAUUCAGGUUUCCCAUUACUAUUCUGUGAUGCAAGAUGGCCGAAUAUGUAUACCUUGGGACUGGACAUUAUGAAACUAUAGUUAUUUAAAACAAAACCUCCUUUGGAGAUGUAUAGUGUAAAAAAGAACCUUUAGAAAAGACUUAACUUUGCAAUUGAUGUUGAAAUGUUUAAUUAAAUAUUUUUUGUAAAUGUCA